AUGGGUCUGAUGCUGAAGAAGCCUGAGGGCGUAGCUGGCUCGACCGCGCCCGCCAUCUUGGUCGGCCUGUUCGUUGCCUUUGGUGGUGUUUUGUUCGGUUAUGAUACUGGUACCAUUGGUGGCAUUCUUGGAAUGCACCACUGGCGACAGCUUUUCAGCACUGGCUACGUCAACAAGAAGGACAACAUGCUCGAUGUCACCGCCGAGCAGACCUCCUUGAUCGUCUCUAUCCUCUCUGCCGGUACCUUCUUCGGUGCUCUCACCGCAGCACCCACUGCUGAUUUCCUCGGUCGCCGCCUCGGUCUCGUCGUCAGCAACAUUGUCUUCUGUGUUGGUGUCAUUCUCCAGACCGUCGCCACUGCCAUCCCCAUGUUUGUUGCUGGACGUUUCUUCGCCGGCUACGGAGUCGGUAUGAUCAGUGCCACCAUCCCGCUCUACCAAUCCGAGACUGCCCCCAAGUGGAUUCGUGGUACCAUUGUUGGUUGCUACCAGCUUGCUAUCACUAUCGGUCUUCUACUCGCUGCUAUCGUCAACAACUCCACAAAGGACAGGACCGACACUGGCUCCUACCGUAUCCCUAUCGCUGUUCAAUUCGCCUGGGCUAUCAUCCUCUUCACCGGCUGCAUCUGGCUUCCUGAGACUCCUCGCUGGUUCAUCAAGAAGGGCCGCCCAGAAAAGGCUGCCAAGUCUCUCUCUACCCUUCGCCGCCUCAACGUUGACGACCCGGCUCUUGUUGAGGAGUUGGCUGAGAUCACUGCCAACCACGAGUAUGAGAUGUCUCUCGGCAAGGCCACAUACCUCGACUGCUUCCGUGGUAACUUGGGCAAGCGCCUUUUCACUGGUUGCGCCCUCCAGUCUCUCCAGCAACUCACUGGUGUCAACUUCAUCUUCUACUACGGAACAUCCUUCUUCCAGAACUCGGGCAUCAGCAACCCCUUCGUCGUCACCAUGAUUACUUCCUGCGUAAACGUCGCCUCCACCUUCCCCGGUCUCUACCUUGUCGAGAAGUGGGGUCGCCGCAACCUUCUCCUCUUCGGUGCCGUCGGUAUGGCUGUCUGCCAAUUCAUUGUUGCCAUCACCGGUACCGUUGCUGGUAUUGAUAACCAGGCUGCCCAACAGGCCUUGAUCGCAUUCGUCUGCAUCUACAUCUUCUUCUUCGCCUGCUCAUGGGGACCUGUCGCAUGGGUUGUGACUGGUGAGAUCUUCCCCCUCAAGGUCCGCGCCAAGUCGCUCUCCAUGACAACUGCAUCCAACUGGCUCCUCAACUUUGCCAUCGGAUACGCCACCCCCUACAUGGUCAACGACGGACCCGGCAACGCCAACAUGGGCGCCAAGGUCUUCUUCGUCUGGGGCGGAUGCUGCUUCAUCUGCAUCUUCUUCGUCUGGGCCAUGAUCUACGAGACCAAGGGUCUUUCCCUCGAGCAGGUCGACGAGCUCUACGGCAAGUGCUCCCAGGCCUGGAAGUCUCCCGGCUUCGUCCCCUCCAUCUCCUUCCAGGACGUCCAGGACAUGCAUGCCGACAACCGCCGCGCCAGCCUUACCGAUAUCGAGGCUGAUGCUUCCCGCAAGAGGAGCGCUACCUACACUGAGUACCCUGAGAAGACUGUUGUCUAA